CACUGUUUUAUUUCUGAUGUCUAUCUGUCAUCUUGACAAUUCGCAGAGUAAUCUGGUUUUAUGCCAGUAAUGGACUGAAAUUAACCGACGUUAAUGUUAAAUAACAUGUGAUUUGUGCAUUUUUUCUACUAAUAUAAACCGCGGGGAACAAAUUUAACUGGUUUUUAUACCAUGACGACUGAAGAAAAAUUUAACGCCGCCGUAAACGUUAUUAAAAGUUUACCAAAAAACGGUUCAUAUCAACCAAGUCAUGAUUUAAUGUUGAGAUUCUACUCGUAUUAUAAACAGGCAACAUUGGGGCCAUGUACGGGUGGAAGACCUGCAUUUUGGGACGUUGUAGGCCGAGCUAAAUAUGAUGCUUGGAAAGCUUUAGGAGAUUUGCCAAAAACCGAUGCCAUGAAACGUUAUGUGGAUGAAUUACAUUCCAUUGUAGAGACCAUGAGUUAUUCUGAUAAGGUUGCUAGCUUUUUAAAUGCCCCUAGCAGUAAUAUCGCUGACCUAGAAUUGAUAGCUGGAGAUGUUAUACAAAGAGUUCGAUCAAGAUCAAAUUCACCACAAGAUUCUCCAAAUCCAUCCCCAGUAGAAAUGAACGGACACAAUGAUAGUUGGAGUGAAUCUCCAUUUCCUUCAGAAUCCGAUACAGAUCAUAGUGAUGGAGAUUACCUGGAUACUAUAGAGGCUCCAGAACCAAGAAAACUCAUUCCAAAUGGUCACCACAUUCCAUUAACUAACGGUUACCCACAAAAUAAAGAUCACUCAAAACCAAAAAAGCAACGCAAGCCAUCUGUGGACAUAUCUCAGGAAAUAGCGAAAGCUGUACAAAGUUUGAAAUCUGAUAUUGAAGCUUUAAAAGGAAAAGUGAUGGCUGUUGAAACGGCUCAAACGGCCGCUAUGGUUUCUGCAACUAAAAGAAAAAAUUGGUGGCAAGAAGUUAGUCCGCAGCUACUAACUUUUAUUAUAAUCUGGCCGUUUGUGGCCAGUUUAAUGUUAAGUAGAUUUUUAGUUAAGAGGAGUACCUAAGAUUGAUAACUAAAAAAGAUUUUAUCUCGUAAAAAAAGGUCAUGUGUUCACAAUUUGUUAUAAUUAUUUUUUGAUUUAGAUCUAAAUAAGAAAUAAUUAUUAAUGAAUUGUAGGUGUGUUUGUCGUGAGUUAAUUGCUGGUCAAAAAUCUAUUUUAAUUCCUUAUUUUAACCUUUAAUGAUGUCACAAAAAAUAUUCUUAGUAAUCUUUAUGUGAAAAUGGUGAAUGUACAAUUUUAUUUUUAAUGUGUUAAUUUUUAUUUUAUAAUUGUUAUGUAUAUAUGUAGAGUUUUAUAUUUUAU